AAACUAUAUACUAGCAAGUUAGUCUGUGCACUGGAUGGUCUUUCCCCUUUGAAAUUUACAGUUAGAUUGGUUGACCAUCCAACACAUCCAACAUCUUUGAGGUGCUGAUCAUUGUGAUGCCUAAUCUGAAAACGAAUGCCCUGGAGAAACUUUUAAAACAAAUGUAAUUUAGCAUGCAAAGCUGUGAAACUUUUAUACUUCCUGUAGUUCACAUGCCUGCCAUACACAGACACAAUAGCCCUGGGCUGGACUCUGCUAUCUGGUAGGCUCUAUCUAGGAUGGCCCAUGGCGAACUCUUGCUCAUGACUGCAGGGACCGCAUAUUGAUGUUCUUUGUGCAAAACAAGACACAUCUUAUCCCAGAGAACAAUGAAGAUGUUUCCUGGCGGUUCUGGAUGGUGUGAGGCAUGGAUCGUUUUGCCACCUCUGGAACACAGACAGACGCGGUGGUCGUGCUCUCCCUGGCGCAGGCAGCCGUCCUGGGCUUGGUCUCUGAGAAUGAGUUCUUUGGCGCCACUGCCAGCCCUGGGGGCUUCUUCUCAAGCUUUGCAAGCAAGAUGGAUGACACGGCAGCCCCACUAGCAGGGAAACAGACGGAAGGGAGCCACCACUCGGACAACGAAGCCCCGAGCCAGGCAGAAACCCCCGAGGAGGAAGGGAUGGAGGCCGAGGCUCCCUUUGGGAAACAUGCCCGGAGGAGAAAGCGCCCCCCUGUCAGGCUGCUGCCCAAAGUGAAGCAUGAGGAAGGGGAGGCCGAUCAAGGGGAGGAGGAGGAGGAGGAGGAGGAGGCCUACGAGGUGCCCGUCUCAGGGGAAGAGCAGGAAGAGCAGCCAGGAGGCGAGCCCGCCUGCUUGGAGGAUCCGGCCUGCGAGCCGACGGUGCAGAGCAGCGCCACCAAGAUGAUAGACCUGAGCGCGUUCCACAGGAAGCCUCGGGGCCUCCGGCCCCUGCGGAGGCCCCCGUGCCAAGACCUCUCGCCCGGCACGAUGUUUGAGGAGAGCGCCCCGCAAGCCAGCCUGGACGGGGCCGAGGCCUUCCCGCAGAGGGACUGCAGCAGCUUCCCGCCCGGCACGCCCACCCUGAGCAGCCUGGGGGACCACCUGCCCAGCUCUCCUUCCGAGCAGGGCAAGAGCAAGGCAGCCUUCCUGUGGCCGGAGCCCGGGGAUUUCGAGGCCGAGGGCCACGGGGAGCACAGCAAGAAGGUGCAGCUGGACCGGCUGGACAUCAACGUGCAGAUCGACGACUCCUACCUGGUGGAGAAGCGGUGGCAGUGCCGCCUCUGUGAGAAGUCCUACACCUCCAAGUACAACCUGGUGACCCACAUCCUGGGCCACAACGGCAUCAAGCCCCACUCCUGCCCCCACUGCAACAAGCUGUUCAAGCAGCCCAGCCACCUGCAGACCCACCUGCUCACCCACCAGGGCACCCGGCCCCACAAGUGCCAGGUCUGCCACAAAGCCUUCACCCAAACCAGCCACCUCAAGCGCCACAUGCUCCUGCACUCCGACAUCAAGCCCUACAGCUGCCGCUUCUGCGGCCGUGGCUUCGCCUACCCCAGCGAGCUGAAGUCCCACGAGGGCAAGCACGAGAGUGGACGCUGCCACGUCUGCGUGGAGUGCGGCCUGGACUUCUCCACGCUCACCCAGCUCAAGCGCCACCUGGCCACCCACCAGGGCCCCACCCUCUACCCGUGCCCGGAGUGCAGCAAGUCCUUCCACUACCGCAGCCAGCUGCAGAACCACUUGCUGAAGCACCAGAAUGUCCGGCCCUUCGUCUGCACUGAGUGUGGCAUGGAGUUCAGCCAGAUCCACCACCUCAAGCAGCACUCCCUGACGCACAAGGGUGUGAAAGAGUUCAAAUGCGAAGUGUGUGGAAGGGAGUUCACCCUCCAAGCCAACAUGAAGCGGCACAUGCUGAUCCACACCAGCGUGCGCCCUUACCAGUGCCACAUCUGCUUCAAGACGUUCGUCCAGAAGCAGACGCUCAAGACCCACAUGAUUGUGCACUCACCUGUCAAGCCUUUCAAGUGCAAGGUGUGUGGGAAAGCCUUCAACCGCAUGUACAACCUCCUGGGCCACAUGCAUUUGCAUGCAGGCAGCAAGCCCUUCAAAUGCCCUUAUUGCUCCAGCAAGUUCAACUUGAAGGGCAACCUCAGUCGGCACAUGAAGAUCAAGCAUGGCGUGAUGGACAUCAGUCUGGACAGUCAAGAUCCUAUGCUGGACCUGCCAGGCAGUGAACACGCAGAGCUGGAUGGACAGCCAGAGAUGGAAGACUACGAGGAGGAGAACUCGUACGACUAUGGGGUGGUGGGGAACGCUCCCGACGGGUCUGCCCUGGCAGAACAAGCCAUGAAGGAAAUGGCCUACUACAACAUGUUGUAGCGGGGGAAGAAGCGAGAGGCAGGCAUCGCACAGAGAAGAGGGAGCCUCUCUGGGCAGGGGGGGGCAGACCACCCGAUUCUGCGCCUCCUGCCGUUUAUCCCUGCAAUGGACCUGUGGAAGCCUCACCUCCCCCUCUUGCCUCAGUUCUGCUCAGAGGGGACGCCCAUACUUUCCUCCCCAGCCAUAAAGGGCCAGAAGCAUCCUUUGCGUCAUUCUACCUCCCACAGCACCUGGCAAAGGUGAUACUGCGCACCCAGCACAAAAACACCCCCCUUCAGAGCAGGAGCACCCAGAGGCUGGGUUACAGAGCCCGAUCGGAUCCACCCCUGGAUGUCUCCUUUACAAGCUACCUCUGCCCUGCACCAAAAGGAUGGCCGGGGCAGGGGGCUCUGGCCCCAAAACCUGUGGGGCUGGAGCACGGCUGGGCAACCUGUGGCCCUCCAAAUGUUGCUGAACUGCAGCCCCCAUCCCCCUUGGCUACACGGCUCGUGGAGGUUGCAGCCAAGCACCUAUGGGGGGGGCGGUACAUUUCCUAGUAGCCCAUGAACCUCCACCCCCACCCCUGCUGCCCUCAUCCUGGCAGAGCAGUCCAGCCAACCUGCUGACCAGAGCUGUCCUGUGCAGUUUGUGGCCAUGUUAAAUUAUUAUGUCACUUCCACAAAGUGGAUUAUACCACUUGUGCAUAGAUCUACUGUGUUUAUUUUCCUGUUCCGAAGAAGUUGAGCAAUAAAUAUUCUUUGACAGAAGCACCAGGUGGUUAGUGCUGGAGUAAAGAUACGGGAGGGGGGGGGGAGGGAGGGAAGAAAGCUGGAGAAGCAUCUGUAAGCUGGCCAG